AUGGAUUCAUGUACUACAUGCCGCAACCUGGAACCUUUACCAGGACUUUCUGGAGGUUUCAUAACCGGUGGCACGGGUCAUGAGCUAGAGAGCUCAGCGCCCACUUGUCAGCUUUGCUCGAUUCUUUGGGAAGGCCUGGAAGCCUUCUGCCUAGUGAGCCCGGGGACAGUUCAGUGGAUCGUGUUGCGUCAGGAAGAAGGUCCAUUCCGCCUUCAGUAUAAGCAGUCACCCGAAGACAAAGCAUGGGUAGGCCUUCAUUACUAUACUAAAGACGCGCACGACCCGUUAUCAGGUACUUUCAAACCGAGCAGCGACCUUGAGCCGAAUACCGCAUCUGAGAAGUACCUUUCACAAAUGAAAAGUUGGGUUACCCAUUGCAACGACAAGCAUGAUAUCUGUAGAAGCCGCCUGAGCGACUAUCUUCCCACCAGAGUGCUAGAUGUGUCGCGAGAUCAAGACUAUGCCUUCGUAUAUGAGCCGGUCAAGACCGAUAAGGGCCCUUAUACAGCUCUGAGCCAUUGCUGGGGAGGCAUUGUCCCCUCUAUGACGACGGCCGAAACGCUAGGUAAAAAUAAAGAGGGGAUAUCGAUCGAGUCGUUACCAAGGACAUUCCAGGAUGCGAUAUAUAUUACACGACAGCUUCAAUGUCGCUAUCUUUGGAUCGAUUCUCUUUGUAUUAUCCAAGAUAGCCUGGAAGACUGGAUAAACGAAGCCUCACAUAUGGCAGACGUGUACGGUAAUUCGUAUGUCACUAUCGCAGCAACCGCAUCAGCCGACAGUAGUGGUGGCUUAUUCUAUCGACAUGACAUACUAGAUGCUCGACACACUACCGAACGACGUCUUACAACAGGCCUGCCUACCACCGUGAAUGUGCGCCCAGCACUGGAACAUACACCAUACUUUGCCAACACCCAUUACGGCCUAGAUUCCUCGACACGAGCGCCUUUGCUCGAACGAUCUUGGUGUUUCCAGGAGUAUCUUCUAUCCCCACGCGUAUUGUCAUUUACGCAGUGGGAGAUACUUUGGGUAUGCCUCUCCAAGCGGUGCUGCAACUGCGGGGAGUAUACUGAGAACACGCGUGAAGUUGUCUCCUCGAGUGAUCUAAAGGCCAGAUUUGACACCCAGCUUCGCGGUGGCUCGUUGAAGGCCUUAUACCGACUAUGGGAAGAUAUAAUGGAAGCUUAUCUACUUAAGGGAAUAACAUACGACACAGACAGAUUGCCUGCCUUGGCGGGAAUAGCGCAACCAUUCUACGAAAGGGGUCUCGGCCGAUAUGUGAAUGGUUUAUGGGAGACAACCUUACUUUCCGAUCUAUUUUGGGAAGCUAGUGCAUCGUUUGGCACGAAUUAUAGUAUUAUUUCGAAACGUAAUACUAGUAAAGAGGUUCCAUCGUGGUCAUGGGUAUCAGUGUCCGGAUCAUUUCGAUACGCACCCAGCACACGUGUACUUGAGGGUAUUGAAAUACUUCAUAUCUCAUACGACCCAGAAAUAUCUAGGCCUCUUGCGAAGAUCUGUGCUAAGAAUAUAACCAUUCGAGGGUUAUUAUACCGGGCCCGUGCCUGGGUUCCAUUCGACUAUCAGAAGAACAUACUCGACCCUCGGCGGCGGAUUCAAGCCGCAGAGACUCAAGAGAAGAAUUGGUAUGUUGACGUAACGUCGGAACUAACUUGUGAUGCCGAGAGUCCAAUGGAUGUUUAUAUUCUUCGCGGUACAAAGGGCCCAGGACUGGUCCUUCGUCUUGUCGAAGGGACGGAGUCUAUAUAUCGGAGGCUAGGUAUGAUAGAUCGGUUUCCGCCUGGAUUAAUUGAGCAGGAGCCUACGAUCAUUCAAUUAGUAUAA